AUGGCUCAGGUGAGGCUAGGAAAGAAGCUUAAAACUGCUAAGAAGGCUUGGAAGAGUUUCUCCAAAACACUCAACAUUCCAAAAGACAUCAAAGCCAUCAAUGCCACCUUUACAUGGCUUUUACCCUCCAGAGGCCGUGCUACAAGACCAUUUGCUGCUGCUGCUUCUAACUACAAUGUUCAUAGCAACAACAUGUCUACCAUACCAAUAGAUGACCUCUUUGCAGAACCUGCUUCUGAUUCCAUGCACGUGCAUGCCUACUACACUCAUGCACAAGGGGAAACAAUCAUUGGCAACGAGGUGAUUGGAAGCAGUGUCAUUGAAACGCUUGAGGAUGCAUGGAGGGUUGUGGUUGCUAACUCACCUCAGCUGCAGGUUUAUGAGAGGGCAGAACAGUUCAUCUCCAUGUUUUAUGAAGAUUUAAGGAUUCAGAAAGAGAUGUCUCUAUUGGAAUUCCAAGAAAUGCUUGCAAGAGGUAUCUGA